AUGGAGAGGGCUUGGGUUCCGCUCACCGGUUUACUGGUGCUUUCUCGCCAGAGCCGUUUCAACAAGCUGGGGGGUACGGCUCUGAGAUGGGUGCUGCGCCGACUGGGUAUGGCAAUAAUUUGGCAGGGAAUCGACAAUGCCUUCGUCGGACAGCCAUCUUGCAGAAGCAACGAGCAAACCCUAGGAACCGGUCAACAGCAACCUCCCUACCCCUUUACUUUGGACCGGUUCCUGUAUGAUGGCAGCUCCCAGUCAGCCUCCUUCGGAACCGCUCAGCAGCAGGGUACAUACGGAUCUUCGGGAGGAGUCUCGUUCGGCGGCGGCAACCAAUCGACCCUAGAAACCGGCCAACAGCAGGGCACCUUCGAUGCUUCCGGGGUGUUCCAAUUUUGUGGCGGCGCCCAGCCGGCCUCUGGAACCGUUCAAGGCCCGGCAGACAACCCCUCGGACCAUCCCUACUCACCGUCAGCAGAUCCCUCACAUGCCGGGGAAACAAGCCAAGAGGAAGCAAGCCUUGAAUAUCCUCCCGACUAUUAUGACAUCGACUUGCCAGCCUCUGGAAACGUUUAA